AUGGAGAACACCUUCUCCCCGCUCACAGGUCAGCUGUUACUUUCAAGCACGGCCGGAAUCCUCACAUGCGCCCUUUUCCUGGUUUGUCGCAGCGGCCAAUUCCAGUCUUUCCUCUUCGAGUUUCUGAAAUUCGGCCGCACAAGUAGCAGUCGUUUCGGCGUUCUGGUGCACUCAGCCAUCAAAGAUGGAUACUACAAGCAGAACAAAAACGGUGGUUAUUUUUCAGUCAAGGCCCCGCAUGCAGAUUACCUCAUUAUCCCACCUAAGUUUGUCGAUUUCGUGAAGAAUAUUCCGGAGAGCAAGGCCACCUUUCAAGGAGACAUAGAAGAUAGCAGCCUAGCCCCGUACACGUCGCUGGGAUACCACUUGGACAUUGUUGCUAAGAGCACACGAAUAGACUUGACGAAACAUCUCGGUGGUAUUAUGCCAGACCUACUUGAUGAGACGAAAUAUGCACUCUCAACCGAGCUUCCUGAUUGUGACAAAGAGUGGAUCCCGAUAAAGCCCUUUCAUAAUAUGCUGCGGAUUGUGUCGCUCGUUUCUGGCAGGGUUUUCGUCGGCCCGGAACUCAAUCGUAAUGAAGCGUACAUUGAGUCGACCGUCAACUAUACAACAUCAAGUAUGAUGGCGGCCUUUGCUCAGCGCCUUGCGGCCAAAGCAGCCGGUCAGGAACCGAUCAACGACAUGUUGACUUGGAACAUGCACAACGUUCCAAAAUUUGACCCGUCAGUCAUCGCUGCAGCUCAACUGUUAGUCGCUUUUGCUGCUAUCCACACGACUUCCAACCAGUUGACCAAUAUGCUUUACGAUCUGGCUGCUCAUCCUGAGUACCACGAGCCUCUGCGGCUUGAAAUUGAGGAAGUACUCGCCUCGGGAUCGGAUCACGCUUUAUUUAAGGGUUCACUGCCAAAACUGCGCAAACUUGACAGUUUCAUGAAGGAGUCUCAACGUCUCUAUCCGCCUGCUCUUCUGAGCAUCACCCGCAGAGUCAACAGCCCGAUCGAGCUGCCCGAUGGCCGACUCCUGCAAAAAGGUUCCUACUUCGCCGUCGCAAAUAGCCAGAUCUGCCGCGAUCCCGAGAUCUUCGAGAACCCGGACGAUUUCGACAUGUUUCGCUUCGAGAGAAUGAGGAGCAAACCGGGGGAGGAGCAUAAAUACCAGUUUGUCACUACGAGCCUGGAGACUAUGGCGUUUGGACACGGGGCACAUGCUUGCCCGGGUAGAUUCUUUGCAAGCAACGAGAUUAAGAUGAUUAUGGUGGAGUUCUUGCGUUGUUACGAGGUCAGGUUGCCCCCUGGCGCGGAGCGGCCAAGUACCGUUAUGCAUGGACAUAGUUGUGCUGUUAGCACGACGGCGGAGAUCUUGAUUAGGAAGAGAGCUUGA